CACACACCCCUUCCACCUCCUCCCCAAACAUCUGAUCUACUUAGGGCCAAGGCGGUUUUCCUGCUUCUCAGGCGACAACUGCUUCGUCCCUUGCGGAUCGGGAGCUUCGGAGAAAGCUCCACUCUCCCACAACAGCCGAAGGAAGGAAGCAGAGAGGCCGGCUCGCCUGCGCCUGCCUCUCCCACCUUGCCUGGUGUACCUUGAUCCCCGGUGGAAGAAGCCCUGCGCACCAACGGCCAGGCGACUCCCGCCGGCGACGGGGAAGGAGAGACUGGAACGCCGGACGCGGCUUCCAGCUUUGAUCUCAACGUUCCAUCCGCGGAACGCCUUUGAAGAACGACCAGCUCCCCAAAAAGGCAAAGGCAACGUCGCGGCGUGGGAGGCGGAGGGGGAGCCCAGGAGCCCGGAACGAACCCGAGCGAACUUUCCCACGACUUUUUAAGAUGCCCAGAGCUUUCCUGGUGAAGAAGGCGUGCGUUUCCACCGGCAAGAGGAACUGGAGCGAACUUCCCGAUGAAGAAAGGGGAGAGAUUUACGUCCCAGUCUCGCUGGGUGGGUAUGCCCUGUGGAAAGAUCUGGAGCCUUCCAUCGCGGAGCCCCCUUCGUUCUCGAUGCCGCUGGACAUGACAAUACGAGACUCCAGCUACAUGGCAGCGCAGCCCCACUAGUAUGCAAUCUUCCAGGUCCAUAUCCUCUCUGACAGCAGGCCCUCCUUUCUUCUAUAGGUGACCCAGGGCGAAGGGCCGGGUGAGCAGUUCUCCUGCCCCAUUUGCCAGAAAGGGUUCUCCUACCAGCGGAUGCUGAACCGCCACUUGAAAUGCCACAGCCAGGUGAAACGGCAUCUGUGCCCCUAUUGCAAUAAAGGCUUCAAUGACACCUUUGACCUCAAACGUCAUGUCCGGACGCAUACAGGUGUGCGCCCCUACAAGUGUGAACUCUGUGACAAGGCCUUCACCCAACGCUGUUCCCUGGAAUCCCACCUGAAAAAGAUCCAUGGGGUGCAGCAAAGUUAUGCCUACAAGGAGCGCCGUGCCAAGCUGUAUGUGUGUGAGGAUUGUGGCGCCACAUCCGAAAGCCAGGAGGGUCACAUGCGCCAUUUGCAGGAGCGCCAUCCAGAUAGUCCGCUGCUGCGCAAAGCUUCACGCAAAUCAUCUUCCCUGCUGCACUGCACCACCCCCCCACCCUCUCUGCUGCAGGGCGACCCUUGCCUUUGACACUGCCACUGAGCUGAGCACAGAAGGGGUCUGCCCUCUCAGGCAGUUCACUGGCAUCUUCAAGCAAGGUCAACCCUUCUUUUAGCUCAGGCAUUCCCAGACUUUUGUCCAAGCAGAAGCAAAACGACAUUUUUGAGACCGUAUGUGGAAAUAUUGAAGACAAAUGACAAAGAUACUGCUGAUGAUCCAGCUGUGAAGACAAGAGGACACAAAACAGAGCAAAGUAUUAGUGGUGAACUUUUAAAGUUAGAUGCGGAAAUUGAACUGGAGGUGACCAAGGUUGGGCGAGUAGAUUUCAGUGAGAAGCAGGAGAGUGUAUUUCAUCUGGGCCCUGCUUUAUUUCCUCUCCAGUUAUUCCCAAAGAGAGCAAGAACAAAGACUUCAGUCCCUGGUUUAGGGCUGUUGUUGUUACAAGUAACAUUACAAAGGCCUCCUUCCCGUACUGGUUCUUAAUGGGUAUUUUUUUUUAAACAGUGGAUAUAGCUAAUGUAGCAGGUGGGACAGAAAGGAGCUGUUUCUAAUUUGAAUGAAGGUCAUUUAGAAAAGCGGCUAUUUUGUAUGAUCUGGUGGGGGCAUUUUAUCAUGUUUCUGUGAACAGGUAGUUUUCUAUCUCCCAAGUUGUAUGUUUUGGACUUUUAUCUCACUUUUCUUGCAUCUUGGGAGGAAACUGUCUUUUUGUUUUUAAGGUAUGAUUCAUUACUGUGACCUUGUUGCCUUCCAAGCCAUUUGGUGGGCAGUUGUGUCAGCUGGGUCUGAAUGGUUAGUCACCUGCAAUACAGAGGCACGAUGGAGUAAGCCAUCGCAGUGGGAGGUUGCCCGUUGCAUCUCUGCAUGAUUUGCUACUCUUGGCUUGCCUUGUUCCCAUGAUUAUUCCUACCUAGAAUAGUGACACAUGCAGAAACUCAAGGAAGGGCCUUCCUAUGAGACAUGGUAAAUUUUGUGCCUUACAAAUGAAGAGUAAACUUUUUAUUGUAGGACAUGUGUCGUCCCCAUUCCCCAAAUGGAGGAAAAUUUUGUGCCUUACAGAAAAACUAACAUGGUAUAGUCAGUAGAAUGCUGGACUAAAACCAUAUUGGAGAGACUUUAAUACAAAUGUGUACUCAGCCAUGAAGCGCACUGGUGGCUUUGGGCCUGUCACCUUCUCUCAGCAUGACCUACCUCACAGGUAGGCUUUCUAAUUGCCUAGGCCUAGAAGAGAAUUCCUCAGCCCCAAUUUCCCACCCUUGAGAAAUUGAGAAGGGUGGUGCGGGGGGGAAGGCCUCCAUAGGGACACUCUGGAAACUUCCCUUGUUCUCUAUGGUCUUUUCAACAUGAAUUGGGGAAAUUCCUAGUCUUGAUCUGAAGUGACAUUAUACCCUUCGCAAACUCUACUCUUCUCAGUUGCUGAGCUGCCUCGGCUGCUUUGGGAAUCCUGCUGACAGAGUUUUUACGAGGAUACAAUAGCAAAUUACCAUAUAUGCAGUCCUGAGUUUGGAGAAAGGGUGGGAUGAAAAUAGAUAGCUGCCAACAUUUGGGGGACUCUGUGCACUCAGAUGAGUAGCAUUGGCCAGUGGUAUUGCAUUGGCUGCCGCAGAUGGGUGUGGCCUCUCUCUCAUCAGGAAAACAAUAUGGCAGUCCAUGGAGAGUGCAAGAAUAUUAAUGCAUGAAUAUGAAUGAUGCGAGAUGGGAUGUCGUUACUGCGCAGGCGUAGUGACACAGAAACCCAUUUUAGAAUCUCUGGGACACAGGCCUAAGUGGAUUAUAAGGAUAUGGAUCUUGUUUACAUAUUGUUCUUCCGUCUUGGACUUUUCCAUGGAACAAGCCAAGCCUGUGAACUUUGAUGUUAUUAUAUUAUAUUAUAUUAUUAUUCAUAACCAGUUUUUUUCUGACAUUAAAAUAAAGAAACUGAUUGCUUCA